AUGAAGCUCCCAGUUCAGCAUGUCAGUAAGGCUUGUACAGAUGUCACUGCUGUCUGUGUUGACCCAGGAACCUUUGAAGACUCAAAUUUCCCAGAAAGACAAUGCCGACAUGCACGGGAAUGGCUCAAGGUUGCAGAUAUAAAGGGCAAUGAACAGAUGGAAAAAUAUUCUUGGAGUUAAGCUUGUAGUAGUACAAGGUCAAGCAUGGACAGAAAGCAUGGAAAAUGCGUAGUGAAUAUUGAACCCCCUGGGAACCAGCUAGUAAAAGGAAAUGGUUACAAUAACUGGUCUCAGUGGAAAAUCUUCCUGGCUUGUCUCUUAGCCUGUGUGAUAACAACAGCAAUCAGAGUACUCACAGUAUGUCUGGUGAAUAAUAAACGGAAUAGUGGAGUCCUUUUUCUUGUUAUCCAGCUACCUAAAAUAAUGGAGAACCACUCCUGGAACAACCUCUACCACUUCUCAACCUACAGUGACCACCGCUUGAACUGAACCAAUAGCUAGCACCACUUCAUCAGACUCUGCAACAACUGCAAUUUCUACUGGACCUACGACUUCAACAGCCAUCACUACCACUUCAGCUCAACCUACAGCCACAACUACUCUCACUUCAACAGUCUCUACAAUUGCUACAACUUCUGCAACUGCAGCGGCCAUGCACAUCAUUUAAUUGCAGCUACAACUACCGUAGCCACCAUCAGCAUGUCAGCUAAAACUACAAUCCCUACAACUCAGCUUAUAACCCCAACACCAUCACUUUAACAUGAUCUACAACUAUUGCAAUUUCCAUUCAAUGAACAACCACUUAAUCUUAGUUGACAAGCUCAACAACCACUGCUUUCACCGCCUCUUCAACUGAACCUACAACUACCUUCAUGUCAACCAAACCUACAACCACUGCCACCACCAUUUCCACUUAACCUACAGCUACUGUAAUUUCCGCCAGGCCUUAAAUAGCAAUGGCUAUCACUUUCCUUCAAAAAUCUAUCAUUUCCCCUAUUCAUCUGAACUUGUAACCAUGAAUGCCACUGCUGCUGCUGCUUUAACCUAGUAUAAUUACUAUCAAUCAUCAAAAUGACCUCUUCUAUAGUCAGUUAUGAAUCCUAGUUGCUCAGUGGUGAAAAUGCUUGGCUGCUAACAGAAAGCUCAGUGGUUCAAACUCAGCAGCUGGAUAGAUGUGGCAGUGUGUAUCCAUAAAGAUUACCACCGUGGGAACCCUAUGGGGCAGUCGUACUCUGUCCGAUAGGGUCCCUAAAAAAACCCAAAAACCCGCUGCCAUCAGGUCAAUUCUGACUCAUAAAAAUAGAGACCCUAUAUAACAGAGUAGAACUGCCCCAUAGAGUUUCCAAGGAGAGCCUGACGGGUUUGAACUGCUAGCCUUUUGGUUAGCAGCUGCAGCUUUUAACCACUGUGCCACCAGCGUUUCCAAUAGGGUCACUAUGAGUUGGAAUUACUUGAUGGCAAUGGGUUUGGUUUAUCGGUGUUUUUUUAUAGUGAGUUAAACUUUAACUAUGACCGCUACAACUUAACCUACAACUUUCCCCCUUUGCUGACUCUUCCCUGAAAUUGUAGCUGUCUCUUCUGCAAUAGCUGAGCAUAUCCACUGAGUAUACUGUCAUUUACUGCAUUAUAUAUACAGCAACUAUCACAGCACCACUUAAAGGACAGUUACACCCAUGAAUACUGUAAUAAUCACCUCAUUUUGUACUAAAUCAACGCAAGGAUUUCUAAAAGUGUUUUAAAUUUUUUCAAAGAACUGAACAAUUAAUCUAAGAAUAUGACUUUGGUUCUAUAGUUCAAAAUAAUAUAAUUUCAUAUAGCUAAAGCAACCCAAUUUAUUCAUUUAAGAAAUUUUAUAUAAAAUCUCAUGGAAAAGUUAGCCAUUUAUAUUUUAAUAUGUCGUACUCCACCAGCCUGAGACCAGAAGAACUAGAUGGUGCUCAGCUACUAUCGAUGAUCGCCCCUACAGGGAACACAACAGACAGUCCCGAACACAGCAGGAGAAAAAUGUAGAACAGAACUCAAAUUCAUGUAAAAAGACCAGAAUUAAUGGUCUGAAAGAGACUGGAGAAACCCUGAAACUAUGGCUCCCAGACACACUGUUAACCCAGAACUGAAACCAUCCCCAGAACCUACUCUUCGGACAAAGAUUAGAAAGGACUAUAAAAGAAAAAAAUAAUACACAUGAGGAAUGUGCUUCAAUCAGAUACGCAAGACCAAAUGGGCUGUUCCUGUCCAAAAAAAGCAGGAUGAGGGGGCAGGAAGGGACAGGAACUGGUUGAAUGGACUCAGGGAACCUGGGUGGAAAGGGGGAGUGUGCCGUCACAUUGUGGGGAUUGCAACUAAUAUCACAAAAAAAUAUGUGUAUAAAUUUUUGUAUGAGAAAUUCACUUGAGCUGUAAACUUUCACCUAAAGCACAACAGAAAAAAAAGUAUUAGCUUCAGCUCAUAACAUUGUAUUUCUCUGCACACAAGCUGCAUGUGUAAUGAACAGAAAUUUUAUAUAGGGAGAUUUAAACA